AUGCAAGCGGCCAACAGACUCCAAAAAUCCCUCACGAAGGGCGAGCCCUCCUUCGGAGGUUGGCAAAUGCUCCCCGGGACCAACUUGACCAGAACCAUAUGCCGGUCAGCAAGAAACCUCGAAUGGCUUCUCGUUGACCUCGAACACGGCAACAUCUCCGAUGACUCGAUGCAUGAGAUUGUGGCCGCUACUGCAGCAUGUGGAGUGUCACCCAUCGUCCGUGUCGCAGAAUGCCAGCCUUGGAUGAUAAAGCGAGCAUUGGACUCCGGCGCCCACGGUAUUCUUGCUCCAGUGAUAGAUACAGCGGAGGAUGCGAGGAGUGUGGUGCGAUAUUCGAAGUUUCCACCACUUGGGAACCGAGGCUUUGAAAGUCUCCUGGCGGUGGAGAAGUUCGUGGAGCAACAUCCUCACGGUAGUGAGGUGAAGGAGUUGACGGGUAUGGAAUACUUGCAACAAGCCAAUAGCUCGCUCGUUAUCGCGGUACAGAUCGAAACAAAAGCUGCCCUGGAAAAUGUCCGAGAGAUCGCGGCUGUACCUGGUGUUGAUGUCCUGUUUAUUGGGCCUUUUGACCUCAGCGUCAACAUCGGUCAUCCCAUCACCAACCCUGAGAAAAUGGACCCUGAGCUUGUGGCGGCCAUCCAGUCAAUUCAUGACGCUGCCCAGGCCGCUGGAAAGGCUACUGGAAUUUACUGCGACACUGGUGAGCAAGCGAGAGAAUACGCGAAUAAGGGGUUCCAGAUGAUGAGCGCGAUGACAGAUAUGGUGGGGAUGAGGAAGGUGUUCAGACAGGCGUUCGAUGCUGCCAAGGGAGAUUUAUAG